GUAGGGGAGGAAAAGGAAAAAGAAAAAAAAGAAAAAGAAAAAGAUAAAAGGACAGUUUCUGACAGGUGAUGUGUUUAAGUGGAUUUGGUUUAUCCACAUCAAAUGACAUAUAAUAUUACAACCUUCGACCUUGGAUAUGAUAUGCCAACAAUGGCUGCUUCUCUCUCCUCUCUACUUCUUCCACUAGGUUCUACUUGUAAAAGUUUGGGCUGCAAUCCUCAAGGCAUUGCUGCUGACAGGCUUCGAUGCUUGGUUCCGCAAUACCAAAGAUCGGUGGUAAAAGCAAAGGCCUCAGAUACAACUGAAUGUGCUGCUAUGGUUAAUAGCAGUUCACGCAGAGACUUUCUUGGAUUGACUUUGGGAGUCUCAAGCCUCUUUGUUGGUUCAUUGGAAGGCAAAGGAGCUGGUUUGCCCCCAGAAGAUAAGCCGAAACUAUGUGAUGAAGCUUGUGAGAAGGAGCUUGAAAAUGUAUGGUGAGAAUACAUUGUUCCUUUCUCUGCCUCCUUUCUUUGUUUUUCUCUGCUAAGACAUUACAAAUG